AUAUACAAUAUACAGAAGCAGAUAGUGAAAGAGAGAAAAGGUUAAAUUUAAUAACAUUAAUAAAACAAUUGUUUAGUAAAGAACAAGUUCUAUCAUAGAACUUUACAAUACUACUACCAUUACAUUACUUUAUUUCUACUGCAGCGUUAUUGGUUACUGAUACAGUAGUGGGGAUACACUUGGAACUCUGUAGCGUCAGUCAUUGGUUACUGAUGCCGUAGUGGGGAUACAUCUGGAGCUCUGCGUAUAUAAACACGGGCCAGGUGGUCAGCGCAGCCACUUUCUACCGAAGCGUCGUACAAGUUCGAGCCAUAAUCCAAGGAUGACUGGUCGAGGUAAAGGAGGCAAGGGAUUGGGAAAAGGAGGUGCGAAGCGCCAUAGGAAGGUUCUGCGUGAUAAUAUCCAGGGUAUCACCAAACCAGCCAUUCGUCGAUUGGCUAGACGUGGUGGCGUCAAGCGAAUCUCUGGCUUGAUCUACGAAGAAACACGAGGCGUGUUAAAGGUCUUCCUCGAAAAUGUUAUUCGUGAUGCGGUUACGUACACCGAGCAUGCCAAAAGGAAGACUGUAACAGCCAUGGAUGUCGUCUACGCGCUGAAACGUCAAGGCAGAACUCUUUACGGAUUUGGAGGUUAAUCUGUUUUCCACCGAUCAAACAUCGAUCAAAGAACGGCCCUUUUUAGGGCCACCAUAUGAAUCUUGCGUCAAAUCAUCUAUAUCGUUACACACAAUACAUAAUUUAUUUCAAUCCAAUAAAAGUAUUUUGUUAUUCUUUGUAAUUUACUGAUUUAAAAAAGAUAUUUACGUAUCGAGUAUGACAAAUAUGAGCGAUUCGUUUGUCUUACAUUGCAUUAUAAGAGUACAAUAGUGUUAUAAUUUGAGAAAGUUCAUGUUUAAGGUCUCUUCACGCAUAUCCAUGACGUGUCCGCUCAGUUCUGUGAUUUUCCGUCAGUAUCAGUGCUAAUAUGUAUAAUUUAUUUGUAAAUGGACGUGUUCGUACAUGUCCGGCGUAGUACCGUAUUCGGAUCGUUCAAUGUCAGAUCAGUAGGUAUUCGUGGAUUGUUUAUUGCAAACGAUAUUUUUGUUUCUUUACGGACGCGUUCCAAGGCUCCAAACCAAGGAGAUAACUUUUUUGAGGUCAAGUGGAUUUGGAUGCAAAUAGAAUAUUAUGUUCAUUGCAUUUUCAAUUUUACAAUAAAAUUACGUUUAAUAUAAUAUUUACUUAACAGAAAGACCCCUGUGUGUUCUUAUAUUCAUACAGGAAUUUUUUGGCUCAAACUGAAUGACGAACAAUUAAUUGAAUUAGAAUAUAUAAUAAAACGAAUUCAGGCCAACCCAGAGAAUGUAUUAUAUUGACCAUGUAACCAGUAGAGAUUAUAUUAUAAUAUAAUAUAAUAAUUAUAUUGACAACUUGUAUUCUACACAACUUUAUCAGAAAAUUCGAUGCAAAUACGUAACAAGUGUCAAUAGGGAUGGAACUCAAGAAAGAGUAACUCUUGAAAAUCUACCUAUUCAGGAUAGAAAUGCAAUAAAAGAUGCUUUUCGAGAUUUAAUUAAAGAUUAUUUUAAUUCAGAGGUUAGAUCUGUGCCGUGGGAAGAAUGCACAGUUUAAAAGUAAAAUAUGUUAUAAAUAAAUUAUGAACAUUUAUAAUACCGUUAUAUUUAUUUUGAUAAGUAAUAUCUAA